AUGGCAUCCCUAGACUCUUCUCCUUCCCCAUUGCAGGUCUCUAUAAUGGGACAGGGUCAGUCGGCGAGGACCGGAAAGGCUGGGACUGACGACCUCGAGUCUCGCGGGAUAGAGCCAAAAACAUACUCCAUCGCCGAUUACGAUCUAUCGACCUUUGACUUGGGCGUAGCUGAGGAACCAUGUGGCCAGCGCAAUUUCCCAAGGACCGUCCAGCAACUAGUGGAAUUGGCCCUGAGUACUUUCGGCCAGAAAUGGCCUCCUACUGCCAUCCAAAUUUACAGCAGGUUACAAGAACUACAGGACCCAAAUUACUUGGACCUAUUUGACUCAGAUACCUGGAAGCGCAGUUAUGCCCAUCAUACGAACCGACAUCUCAAGCUUUGGACCGCGUGGGGGGCUGCCAACCUCAAGGCCGCUAUUCGCCCGGACGCCUCGAAGGAUAUACCAGAUCAAACUCCUCUGAAACUCGAAUACGACUUGGACUCACUCACCCGAGUACAUCUGCGCGAGAGGGAGCGUCACAUGCUCCUCGUCAGUAGUGGGAAGACCCUAGCCUCCUUCCAUGUAUGGGAUAGGCCCUCAGGCUAUUCCUCGUGCCCGUGGGAGGAUUUGACUUGGACAUCAUACACCUCAACUCUUUCUCCUUUGCAGCCUUAUCAUGUCUCCGUGCUCUUAUUUUUCUCUUUUCAAGGAGUUCCUCAGCUCUCCUGGGCUAUCAACUUGUAUUCAGUUGCCGCAAAGGGUUCCCUGAAGGCCUUCGUGCAGUACCUGAUGACUGCUGCUGACUUGCGACCCUACAAACUAUAUGAGAGUAGUGUUGGUGAACCGGAGUCUACGGCUUUGCCGGAACGUCAGAUGCUGCUUACCCAGGAGGCCUGGGACGAAUUACGCGCGCAAGGGGUCAUUUAUACCAAUACGGACGGGCAGUUCCUUUCCACUAGACCUUCCGCCCUUAGGAGCUGCUAUAAUAACACCCCUAUGGCCUUCCAUACCGCCCAGGACUUUAGAACGUUUGUUCCUUCCUCUACCCAAAUAUCCUUAAGGCCUACUCCUUUGCUGGAGGCAGCCGCCGCGAGGAAGGUUAAGGAACUUCAGGCUACCGCAAGGGAAAAAGGGCUAAGCCGUAUGGUCACCCCCCAGGAGGUAGCGGAUAUAACAAGAGAAUGUGAAGAACAUUUUAAGCUUACGCAUCUGAGCCAGGCUAACUAUAACCGCCAUCUCUGCGGACUGCCCCCUUUCACUCUACCUGAGCUGGAAGCGUUCUUAAGAGACCCACUCCGCUGGGACGAUAGUGACUCUGACCAAGCGUCAGUCUCCUCCGUUUCUAGCGCUCCGGUUGUAGGCCCUAGAAUCCAGCCCUGGACCCCUUAUAAUCACCUUCUGGAACAACAAGAGGUUGAGGACGAGGAGCCCCAAGAUGAGGGGCUAGGUGGUGAAGACGGAGAGGAGCCGACUUCCGGGAGACGUAACCCUCGGGUCUUAGAUACAGAUGGGGCUUCAGAUACCCCCACACCCACUAAAGCUAGGAGAGCUGCAGGCAUGCAUCGUCCUACAUUUGCUAAAGCCAAGAUCGUGGUACAGUCGUUCGACUAUAUGGAUGGCGCUCCUCGAGUUGCAACGGAAGAUUGGACUCUCUUCUCAAAGGAUAUUGGGACCCUGUCAGCCUCUAACCUGCCACCAUUUUUUAGGAAGCUCUCCAAGGGUCAUGUUCAACAAAUGCACUCACUUGCCUCGUCUGCACAAGUCACGAAGCGAGAGUUGGGCUUCUAUUGGACCUUUAACUUUAAUAAGGAUGGUGUGAUUAAGAACCAUGGGAGUGAUUCAUCUCAAGGAGGGACUCCAGCUGUCCCAUGGACAUCGAAUGUCGACGUUCGAUUGGUUUUGCGGCAUGAUGAGGAACUGCGGGAGCUACAGGUGCAAUUGGAAGCCAGUCAGGGCGACCUAGAAGCGGCUAGGGCUACCAUUGCCGAUUUACUAGAAGGCAAGGCUGCAUUGCUGCAGCGGAUUUCAGAGUUACAGACUUCUGUCAAAGUUGACCAGGUGGAUAGAGCUACCAUGGAGCAAAAGCGAGAAGAUUUCGUUGCUGCCACUCGACGGGAACGAGAGAUGAGAGGCCUGAGGAACGAGGUUGAAGACCUGCACCGGGAGCUACAGUUCGAGAAGGGACUUACUGCUGAGUUGACGAGAAGAUUAGGGCUUCACUGA